AUCGGAAGAACUCUCUCACGUUCCUGUUCCACCCAACUCUCACUUUCCAGGGCUUAAAGAACACAAUCAGUUCAUUGACGCUCAAGAAGCAUUUCCUCCAGGACAGGCACCGAGGCAAAGGGUGACCAGACCUAAAUGGACUCCACUCCCACUACCUUCCCACCCGAGAGUCUGGCCCAUCACCAAUGACAAAUGGGGUAUUGAAAAAGCCAGGGCUGCCUCUUCCAACUGGCAACGAAAACUCCUGGAUUCAAAUGACCACAAGUUCUCCAGAGAGGUGGAUCUACAGUUCCAUCUCUUCUCAUCACCCUGCCCUACCCCCACAUCCACCUCCGCUGAGGUAAUCCGGAUGCCAAAGAUUCAGAUAGAAACACUAGAGAAACUCAACGACACCUCUCCCGGCACGGAACGGAAGAGGAGAGUGGGAAAUCCGCUGUGGAUCCGAAAUAAACUUGACAGGAAUUGAAUACAAGAACAAGACAUUCAAAAUAUAAUUUCCAGCACCAAAAAAAGAAACGAUGCUUCUAUCCCUCACCCUACAACCCUUUGGGGUCGGAGGCAGGAGUGAUGGAGUAGCAUUAACAAUUUGAACAUUCACCGGGCUUCCCAUUUACGGGAAGGCUGAAAGGAACGAGUACGAAGUGGUUUCAGGUGUUGAAGUCAGACCCUAGUCGCCGGUACGGCUAUCGGUUCAAGAACGGAGGCGAGAGGAUACAAGGAAGCAGGGAUGAUGGAGAGCCACUCACGAUCUCUGUGAUUUCCAAAGGCAGCCCGGGUACCACUAUCCAGGGGGAGGGGGGGAGCACUCACGCCCCUUGCAGAGGACGCUCUCCGAUUGGGCCUCGCUGAUGUCACUCAAGGGCACGAGUCUAGAAAAGGCGCACGCAACAGCAGAACCCCACACGCCAGCGGGCUCCGGCAAGCCCGGUGGUGGCUGUCGCCCUUCACCCUAGCCUGUCAGCGCACCCAAGGGAGGGGGUCCCCUCUGAUGGGGUCGUCCGGGACUCAGUCCUCAGCCCUCGCGGCUCGCAGCUCCCCACCAGGCGCCACCGCUUACCUGGCCUCCUCGCCUCUGCCUGGUCGGGGUCGAGAAAUUGGCCUCACGCGACCGUUAAACUCCAAGGAGCGUGCGCGCGCCCGGCGUCUCGGCCGCGAUUGGCUGGCUCGGGAGAGGGCGGAGCCGGCGCAGACACACGCCUUUCCUCUGGCCCUGACGCGCAGGUGACGCCGGAGGCGUGAGGGUGGGGCUUGAGGUCAAGGCCUCUGCCGAUUGGUCCCCUAGAAACUGCGGGAAAGACGCCUCGGUUUCUCGCAUGCGUAGUUAGUGAGAAUGAGCCUCUGCCAGGCUAGGGCAGCCGCUGGAGGAGUAGGACGCAUGCGCAGACCUGGAAAAAAAAGGCAAACGGCGAUACCCCGGUCCCCGGUGGUUUAGAUUCUUGCUGAAUGUUUCCGGCUGGAGGCCGGUGCAAAAACAGGUCCUGCCACACGGAGCCGCGUCCUCGAUGAGCACCCAGGCUUUGCUCCGUUUCUCCGCACCGCUGAUCAGGAUAUGCUCGGGGAACUGGGGACUCGGGCUCCAGAAGCCAGCGCUGCGCCUCCCAGGAAUGGCCGCCACUGCGGUGCAGGUGGCAGGCAAGAAGGACUGUCCUGCUCUGCUUCCCCUGAAUGAGAGAGAGCUUGAAGAACAGUUUGUGAAAGGCCAUGGUCCGGGGGGCCAGGCCACCAACAAAACCAGCAACUGUGUAGUGCUCAAACACGUGCCCUCCGGCAUUGUGGUCAAGUGCCACCAAACCCGAUCUGUGGAUCAGAACAGAAAGAUCGCUCGGAAAAUCCUCCAGGAGAAAGUGGAUGUUUUCUACAAUGGUAACAACAGCCCUGUUCACAGAGAGAAGCUUGAGGCUGAGAGGAGAAAGCGAGAGAGGAAGAAAAGAGCAAAGGAGACUCUAGAAAAGAAGAGGUUGUUGAAAGAAUUAUGGGAAGCCAGUCAGAACAUCACCAAGAAAAGGACCGAAGCUGCUGGUGUGCCGGGGGGGUUCCGGGAAUAAUGGUGGUAACACCCGGCCCGUGUUGGACCAUCUGAGAAAGCAUCCUGGAGGUGGACGUGGUGGUGUAUGCUUGCAGUCUCAGCACGUGGGAGAGCCAAGGCUAAGGCCUGGCCAGAAGCCCUUGUCCCAC